UCUUGUUGUUUUCCCCACGCCGUCGAGUUGAUCGCUAGCCCCACAUCGGUUCAGAUUGAUAAUCGUAUAGCUCUGAUCAAUCCGGAGCGCGAUGGGAACUUUUUCUGACCGAAGCACAGCCGCUGUGGCGGCUGUUAUUUUCUCGCUGGCAUUGUGCUCGACCGCUCAGAGCACAGAGAACUGCCUAUCGAAUACCCAGAAUGGUAGGGCGAUCGGGCACUGCAUCUCCAUCCGGGAGUGCGAAUACUUUAUGAAGAUAUUGUCAUCCGUGAACCUAACCCAGAGCGAUCGCAGUCUGUUGCGCGAAAAUCAAUGUGGUGCACGCCACCGUGAUGUUCAGGUCUGUUGUCCCAGCACGGAGGGACUGGGUGCACUCUCUGUUCCGUUGCUGCCCCAGAACUGCGGCUCUGUUAGGUGGCAGCGCACAAACACCACAGAAACGCGGAUCAAAGAGUUCCCAUGGCUGGCUCUUAUCGAAUACACAAAAGCGUCCAACGAGAAGAUCCAUGCGUGCGGUGGAGUGCUGAUAAGCAGCCGCUAUGUGCUCACCGCGGCACACUGUGUGGCCAUUGGUGCGGCCGAUAAUCUGCGGAUUAGCGCCGUGCGGCUGGGGGAAUGGGACACGAGCACGAAUCCAGACUGCCAGUUUCUCGAGCAAACGAACACCGCCGACUGCGCUCCCGUAUACCAGGAUAUUGGCUUGGAGCAGGUCAUCAUCCAUCCGCGAUACAGCAAAUCCGACCAGAGCCAGGUGAAUGACAUUGCCCUGAUACGCCUGGCCCAGCCGGCCCUACUCAACGAGUUCGUGGAGCCCAUUUGUCUGCCCAACAAGCAGCUGCGCGCUGACGAGCUGCAGGGUCUGAUUACUGAGGUUGGCGGCUGGCAGGCCAAGUCCAGCCCGCGCCUCAAGAAGAGCACGGUGACAAUUACCUCUAUGGAGGAGUGCCAGAAUAAGUACGCCAUUCGGAAUCUGCACCUCCAACCCACUCAGCUGUGCGGUGCCGCCAACAGCAACGAGUGCCAUGGAAACGGUGGCGGACCCCUGAUGUUGUUCAAGAAUGGUAGCUAUCUACUCGCAGGCCUAAUCUCCUUUGGGCCCGUUCCGUGUCCAAAUCCAAACUGGCCCGAUGUCUACACUCGUGUGGCCUCCUACGUUGACUGGAUACAGGAACAGCUAAGGCCAUAAGUGGAAGAAUCUAUUGCAUUGCUUUUAUUUUUUUUGUACAUACGAGAAAUUGUUCAACCAUUCAUAUACGAAUCGAAUG